UAACGCAACAUGCUCAUUUUCAGUUAACCCCUCUGUUUAUAACAAUAACUCCAACCAAAUUAUUACCCCCAUUCCAUUACCGUUAAGCCCUUUCGUUUUCUCAUUAAUUCCAAAUUUAUCACUCUACUUUACUCAAACACAAAACACCACCCUCUUCAGUCUUCACCCCUCACUCCUCUUUCUCUCUGUGAGAACAACAAUGGCAGCAACACUCUCUCACCUCGUUGCUGUUUUCCAUUUUCUUAUUCUUCUUCUUCUUCUUCUCAUGGUUCAAGGUUUUAGUAACCCUGAUUUCGACGCUCUUUUGUCCUUCAAAACCGCUUCAGACACAUCCCAAAAGCUCACAACAUGGAACAUUAACAGCACUAACCCGUGUUCCUGGAAGGGCGUGUCGUGCAUUCGCGACCGAGUCUCGCGACUCGUUCUCGAAAACCUCGACCUAGAAGGUUCCAUUCACCCCUUAACCUCUCUGACUCAGCUCCGAGUUCUGAGUCUCAAAGGAAACCGUUUCUCCGGUCCCGUUCCAAACCUCUCCAACCUCACCGCUCUAAAACUUCUCUUCCUAUCUCGCAAUGCCUUCUCCGGCGAGUUUCCGGCGACCGUCAAGUCGCUCUUCCGCCUCUACCGUCUCGAUCUGUCCAACAACAACUUCUCCGGCGAGAUACCGGCGACGGUCAGCCACUUGACCCACCUCCUCACUCUCCGUCUCGACGGUAACAAGUUCUCCGGCCACAUUCCCGAUGUGAACCUCCCCGGCCUCCAAGAGUUCAACGUCUCCGGCAACCGUCUCUCCGGCGAGAUACCCAAGUCCUUAUCAAAUUUCCCAGAAUCCUCGUUCGGGCAAAACCCGUUUCUCUGUGGAGCCCCAAUUAAAAACUGUGCACCCGACCCAACAAAACCCGGAUCCGAAGGUGCCAUCGCUUCACCACUGGUACCACCCAACAACAACCCAACAACCACUGUAUCAUCUUCACCAAGUUCAAUGCCGAAAACACCAGCAUCAGCAUCAACAACAAGUAAUAAAAGCCACGGAAAGGGUGGUUCGAAGAUAAGUCCAGUGGCGCUUAUAGCUAUUAUAGUGUGUGAUGUUUUGGUUCUUGCAAUAGUGUCAUUGCUUCUGUAUUGCUACUUCUGGAGGAACUAUAAGUUGAAAGAGGGAAAAGGGUCGAAGUUAUUUGAGAGUGAAAAGAUCGUGUAUUCGUCGAGUCCUUACCCUGCUCAGGGAGGGUUUGAGAGGGGUCGAAUGGUGUUCUUCGAAGGUGAGAAAAGGUUCGAGCUUGAGGACUUGCUUCGAGCAUCCGCGGAAAUGCUUGGAAAGGGUGGGUUUGGGACUGCGUACAAAGCGGUGCUCGAUGAUGGAAAUGUGGUUGCGGUGAAGAGACUCAAGGACGCGCAGAUUACAGGGAAGAGGGAAUUUGAGCAACACAUGGAAUUGUUGGGAAGGUUGAGACAUCCCAAUGUUGUUAGUUUGAGGGCUUACUAUUUCGCGCGCGAGGAGAAGUUGUUGGUCUAUGAUUACAUGCCCAAUGCCACCUUGUUCUGGCUCCUUCACGGGAACCGAGGACCCGGACGAACCCCACUAGACUGGACCACGAGGCUGAAGAUAGCAGCGGGAGCGGCGCGAGGUGUGGCUUUCAUUCAUAACUCGUGCAAGUCCCUUAAACUCACCCACGGUAACAUCAAAUCCACCAACGUCUUACUCGACAAGCAGGGAAAUGCACGCGUGUCUGAUUUUGGGCUCUCCGUGUUCGCGGGCCCAGGCCCAGUGGGUGGCAGAUCCAACGGCUACCGCGCUCCGGAGGCAUCGGAGGGUCGAAAACAGACGCAGAAGUCUGACGUGUACUCUUUCGGUGUGCUCCUGCUGGAGCUGCUCACAGGGAAGUGUCCCUCCGUGGUGGAGAGUGGAGGGAGUGCUUACGGCGGGGUGGUGGACCUACCAAGGUGGGUCCAGUCAGUGGUGAGGGAAGAGUGGACCGCUGAGGUGUUUGAUUUGGAGCUGAUGAGGUAUAAGGAUAUUGAGGAGGAGAUGGUGGGGCUGCUUCAGAUUGCGAUGACGUGUACCGCGCCUGCACCCGAUCAACGGCCCAGGAUGACCCACGUGCUCAAGAUGAUUGAGGAGUUGCGUGGGGUCGAGGUGUCGCCAUGUCAUGACUCCUUGGAUUCGGUGUCUGAGUCUCCUUCCUUGUCUGAAGAUGCGUGUGGAACAACCAGUCAGUGAUUUUAGGACUAGGUUCUAUUGGCGGCUUUUGUUUUUCUAAUUAUUUUUAAUCUCCUAUGCAAAUCCUUUUGCCUGUUCUCCUGAAUAUGUCAAGAUUAAUUUUCGUUCAAGGUUUUCGGCUAAUUAUUAAAGCUAUUAUGUGAAAUGAUGAUUGUAGGGGUUAUUAAUUAA